AUGCCAAAGUCAGACCUCAACUGGCUCUUAAAGCGAAUGUCAAGUAAACUGGGUGAGAAGCAGUGGGGAGUAACUUACACUCCUGAUAGUGUGUGUGCUCUGGAAGGUUCAUCAGUUGAUCUCUCCUGCUCUUAUAAACACCCUGGAGGACUCAGAGUGACUAAAUCAUUCUGGUUUAUUUGGCCUGGAGUUGAGCCUGUAGAUCUGCGAGAUGAUGAUCAGUAUAAGAGGAGAGUGCAGUAUUACCAGACCCAGACCCAGAACCAGCUCUACCACACAGUGAGAAUCACUGGUCUGAGAGCGAGCGAUUCUCAGAUAUAUAAGUUCAGAUUCAUCACUGAUGAUCCGGAUGUUAAAUUAAUUGUCAGCUCUGGAGUCCGUCUGUCUGUCACAGGUCUGAAGAUUGAAGUAUCAGACACAAAGGAAGGAGGAAAGCAGCUGAACUGUAGCUCCACCUGCACUCUGACUAACCCCACCUACAUCUGGUACAGGAACGGACAGCCUGUAUCUGAGCAGAACAGAGCUGUACUGUAUCUGAGGGACCGCACUGUGGAUGCAGGCAGCUACUCCUGUGCUGUGAAAGAACACGAGGAGAUCCGCUCUGCUGCUGUCUGUUAUCUGGGUGAGAAGCAGUGGGAAGUGACUUACACUACUGAUAGUGUGUGUGCUCUGGAAGGUUCAUUAGUUGAUCUCUCCUGCUCUUAUAAACACCCUGGAGGACUCACAGUGACUAAAUCAUUCUGGUUCAUUGAUGAGACUGAAGUUGGGCCUGUAGAUCUGCGAGUGUAUGAUCAGUAUAAGGGGAGAGUGCAGUAUCACCAGACCCAGACCCAGUGUAGAAUGAGAAUCACUGGUCUGAGAGCGAGCGAUGCUCGAACAUACUGGUUUGGAUUCAUCACUGAUGAUCCUGGUGGUAAAUAUACUAGCAGCUCUGGAGUGAGUCUGUCUGUCACAGGUCUGAAGACUGAAGUAUCAGACACACAGGGAGGAGGAAAGCGGCUGAUCUGUAGCUCCACCUGCACUCUGACUAACCCCACCUACCCCAUCUGGUACAGGAAUGGACAGCCUGUAUAUGGCUGCAGAUCUGCCUCCUGCUCUGUAGAUGUGGUCAGUGGAGAGGUCAGCUACAGCUGUGCGGCUGAAGGCUCUGAUGUUCACUCCCCUCCAGUGUAUUCUCCUAAAGACACCAGAGCGGUCGUUCUUCCCUCUGGAAAAAGAGAAGAGGGAGAUUCAGUGACUCUGACCUGCAGCAGUGAAGCAGAUCCUCCUGUUCUUAGUUAUCACUGGUUUAAACAAAGACCAGCUGCAGAUGAAGCACUGGGAACAGGCCAGAAUUACAGCAUCACCAACAUCAGCUCCCAGCACAGCGGACUGUACUACUGCACCGCUCUCAACCAGCUCGGACAGCACAGCUCUGCACCCGCCCGUCUGGACGUGUUCUGUAAGUGCAUUAUGAUCCUGUUGAGUGUUGAGUAUAAGAUGUUCAGAUCCUCCCUGACCUCCAUCUUUAUCUGA